AUGGUUGAAGCUAGUGAAGGGAUCAAGAAAGGAAGAGUUCUUGGAUUUGGUUCUGUGUCUGAUCCCGAAAGGUUUUUGAUGCCUUUUUUUAGUAGCUCCAAGUACAUCUUCAGACAACUUAGAGUGACACCUGCAGGUUCUUUACCGGUGACGCAAGUCGCCGGUAUUGAGUUUAUGCGUUCCAAGACCACUCUAGUCGUUGGAUUAGAACUACGAUCGGACGAUUCCUGUUUACCAGAACGUCAAAACGCGGAUCAGUGUCAUUCAGCCUUUAGUGGCGACAACUGCAGGUCUUUACCGGCGACACAAGCCGCCAAUAUUGAGUUUAUGCAUUCCAAGACCACUCUAACCGUUGGAUUAGAACCACGAUCGGACAAUUCGUGUUUACCAGAACAUCAAAACAUGGAUCGAUGUCUUUCAGCCUUUAGCGGCGACACCAAUAGCGGCGAAAGUCGCCGCUAUUGGUGUCGCCGCUAA